UAACGUUAAAGAAAAUAGUGAUAGAUCUCUUGUCCCAUUUAUGAAAGUUAUCGACCAAGGACCAAUAUCUUAUCAUGCUUAUCGUAAACUAGCUGCAAUUCAGCAUGAAUUACCACGAGCAUAUGAAAUUUCGGAUACCGAAAAAGAUAUUAACCAAGAAAUGAGCAUCCAAAUAUCUAUUUUUACCCUAAAUAUUGAAAAUAUGUCUCUUGAAACUUCUGAUGUUGAUCUAGAUAGGAUAAAA